GUUUAUGAUAUGCCGUCCAUUCUUCGCUUUCCCGUUCAGAUGAAGGGACGACAGCCAUUUGCCUCCCGACUCGCCGAGUUCCUCCUACGUUUCUUGCGGAUAUUUAAACUUCAGUAGGCGAGUCACCGGCGACAGUGCAGCGCUCCUACCGAAUUGAUAUUUCCCCAGUACUCGCACUGGAUGCUGCCCGGAUCUCGAUACAAAUGCGUUGAAAGCGAAGAGGGAGUGCGAGGAGCAGCGUCGGGUUUGAAAGUGGCGCCCGCUUUGCGUCAGUGUAUUGGGUAGGGAGCGGGGAGCAGUCAAGGGUGGAGCUCAGUGCAGCAGCCGAGGACGUGCGAGAGACACGGGCUCCUCUGCUCGCUCUCCCUUCCCGGGAGGUGGGAGCCUGUACCAUGGGGGAUGCAACGAGGAAGUGAGAGGAGCCGGUUUUAGGCUGAGCAGCAGCCGCCGCCGCCGCCGCCGCCGCCGCCACCACCGCCGCGAUGAGCAGCUCCAGCCCCAGCCCGGGAUCUUGCCGUUUCGCCGACUACUUCGUGUUGGCAGGCAUCGACACGGACAGCGGGCUGGAACCCGACGAGCUCUCAGCGCUAUGCCAGUGGCUAGAAGCAGAGUGGUGUGGCAGGAGCCAAGAAACUCCAUGUCCUAACAAAGCCUCAGGGGAAAACUUUGAUCAGAGUCCAUUGAGGAGAACCUUCAAGUCCAAAGUGUUAGCCCAUUAUCCUCAAAAUGUGGAGUACAACCCUUUUGAUCAAGAUGCUGUCAAUAUGCUCUGCAUGCCCAAAGGACUGUCCUUCAAAACCCAGGCCGAAGACAGGGAGCCGCAGUUCCACUCCUUCCUCAUCACGCGCGAAGAUGGCUCGCGUACCUAUGGCUUUGUGCUCACCUUUUACGAGGAGGUCACUUGCAAGCAAAUCUGCAGCGCCAUGCAGACCCUGUACCAGAUGCACAACGUGGAGCAGUACAACAACGUGUACGCGUCGUCCUCCUGCAGCAUGGACUCCCUGGCGAGUAGCAUCGACGAGGGGGAUAGCACCUCGCUGGCCAAAAUGCAGCGCUACAACUCCUACGACAUCAGCCGCGACACCCUGUACGUCUCGAAAUGCAUUUGUCUGAUCACCCCCUUGCCGUUCGUGCAGGCCUGCCGCAAGUUUCUGCUGCAGUUGCACAAGGCGGUGACCUCCCAGCAAACUCCGCCACUGCCCCUGGAGAGCUACAUUCACAACAUCCUCUAUGAGGUGCCCCUGCCUCCACCUGGCCGCUCAUUAAAAUUCUCAGGGGUCUACGGGCCAAUCAUUUGCCAGCGACCUGGGCCAACAGAGCUACCCCUGUUUGACUUCCCGCUGCGAGAAGCCUUUGAACUUCUGGGCUUGGAAAAUUUGGUGCAGCUCUUCACCUGCGUGCUUCUGGAGAUGCAGAUUCUUCUGUAUUCACAAGACUACCAACGGCUCAUGACGGUGGCUGAGGGGAUCACAGCUCUCCUCUUCCCUUUCCAGUGGCAACACGUCUAUGUACCCAUUCUCCCAGCCUCACUUCUGCACUUUCUUGAUGCUCCAGUCCCCUACCUGAUGGGCCUGCAGUCUAAGGAACCCAAUGACCGGUCCAAGUUGGAGCUGGCGCAGGAGGUCAACAUCCCCUCACUUGUACAAGGAAGAGAAGCAUUCACGAUCUCCGUACAUCAUCCUCAUCAAAGUGGGUACUCUUUUAACGCAAAGGCAAAUCUGUGCUUCGUGGACAUUGACAACCACUUCAUUGACCUGCCGGAGGAUUUCCCACAGUUCCCAAACAAGCUGGAGUUCAUCCAGGAGAUCUCAGAGGUGCUGCUCCAGUUUGGGAUUCCUCCCGAAGGGAACUUGCACUGUAGCGAGAGUGCCAGUGAGCUGAAGAACCUGGUAUUGGACGAGCUGGCCAACGACAAGAAGAACGGGAACCUGACCAGUACCACCAUCAACAUGUAUGAACUGCUGAAGGGCAACGAGACCCUGGCACGGCUUCAGGCUCUGGCAAAGCGGACGGGGGUAGCCGUGGAGAAGAUGGAAAUCGCGGUGCUCCCGGAGAAGGAGAAGGACUCCAGGUGCCAGUGCAGCGAGGAAGAGCUGCGGGAUUACAAGCUAACUGUGCAACUCCGCGAAGUCUUCGCCAAGCGUUUCACCCAGAUGUUCGCUGAUUAUGAGGCCUUCGUCAUCCAGCCCACACAGGAUAUGGAGUCAUGGCUGACCAAUCGAGAGCAGAUGCAGAAUUUUGACAAGGCCUCAUUUCUCUCUGACCAGCCAGAGCCCUAUCUCCCUUUCCUCUCCCACUUCAUCGAGACACAGAUGUUUGCUACUUUCAUUGACAAUAAAAUUGUGUCAUUGUGGGAGGAGAAGGACCCUCUUCUCAGAGUGUUUGAUUCACGCAUCGAGAAAAUGAAGAUUUACAAUGUUCGCGUUCCCACAAUACGCACCUCAAAUUAUCAGAAGUGCACCAUCUUGAAAGAAGCUGAGAGUUGGCUUGCUCGAAGGUACUGCUCCUUUGAUAUACAAGCACCAGAGCCUCACGUGCUUUGCCUAGAAGGCCAGGAUGAUGGUGGAGAAUCUCAGGCCAUUGAGCAGCGCCUGGUGAAGAUCGAUCACACUGCCAUCCACCCACACCUGCUAGAUAUGAAGAUCGGACAGGGCAAGUACGAGCAAGGAUUCUUCCCCAAACUCCAGGCGGAUGUACUGGCAACAGGGCCAAGCAACAACAAUCGAUGGGCAAAUCGAGGCGCCACAGCACAGCGGAGGAAGGAUCGCCUUCGACAGCAUUCAGAGCAUCUGACUCUGGACAAUGACUCAAGAGAGAAAUACAUCCAGGAGGCCCGGAGUUUAGGAAAGAGCCUGCGGCAGCCAAAACUCUCUGAUCUGUCACCUGCUGUGAUUGCACAAACCAACUGGAAGUUUGUGGAAGGACUGCUCAAAGAAUGUCGCAUCAAGACCAAGCGAAUGCUGGUGGAGAAGAUGGGACACGAGGCAGUGGAGCUGGGACACGGAGAGGCCAACAUCACUGGCUUGGAGGAGAACACCUUGAUUGCAAGUUUGUGUGACCUACUGGAGAGAAUCUGGAGUCACGGGCUGCUCAUCAAACAGGGGAAAUCGGCACUCUGGUCCCACCUGAUGCAUUAUCAGGAGUGCGAGGAGAAGCGGGAAGCAACUGUCGAGACCCCAGUUAUGGCUGGGUCAGAACGGCGAAAAUCGGAGUCAGGACUGAUCUUGCCAACCCUGAAGGUUUCUCUCAUCCAGGACAUGAGGCAUGUCCAACAGAUGAGUGAGAUCAAGACCGAUGUUGGCCGUGCCCGGGCUUGGAUUCGGCUCUCCCUUGAAAAGAAGGUGCUUUCUCAACAGCUCAAGCAACUGCUCUUCAACCAGAAUCUCAUCAAGAAGCUAUACAAGCGUUACGCCUUCCUACGCUGUGAGGAGGAAAAGGAACAAUUCCUCUAUCACCUGCUGUCGCUCAAUGCUGUGGACUACUUCUGCUUUACCAGUGUGUUCACAACCAUCAUGAUCCCAUACAGAGCAGUCAUAAUCCCCAUCAAAAAGCUGAGUAACUCCAUCACCACCUCCAAUCCUUGGAUCAGUGUGUCAGGUGAAUUGGGAGGCACUGGGGUGAUGCAGGUCCCCAAGAACCUCUUGGAGAUGACAUUUGAGUGCCAGAAUCUGGGCAAACUGACAACGGUUCAGAUUGGACAUGACAACUCGGGGCUUUUAGCCAAGUGGCUGGUGGAUUGUGUUAUGGUCAGGAAUGAGAUUACGGGACACACCUACAGGUUCCCGUGUGGCAGGUGGCUGGGGAAGGGAGUGGACGACGGCAGCUUGGAGAGGAUCCUGGUCGGCGAGCUCAUCACCCCGGUGGUGGAGGAGGACCUGAGCAAGCAGUGUCGCACGCCGCCACAGCUGCGAUCCCCGACCGUCGCCCGGCGCCUCAGCAUCACUUCCCUCGGAGGGAAGACAGGCAAACCAAAUGCUGGUCAAAUCCAAGAAGGAAUUGGCGAGUCUAUUAAUAAUAUAGUGAAGCAUUUUCACAAGCCAGAAAAAGAGAGAGGGAGCCUGACGGUCCUGUUAUGUGGGGAGUUUGGCCUGGUCUCUGCCCUGGAGCAAGUCUUUCACCAUGGCUUCAAGUCAGUUCGUCUCUUCCAGAAGAACGUAUUCAUCUGGGAUUUCCUAGAGAAAGCAGUCACGUACUUUGAAACCACCGACGAGGAGGAGGCUCAGGUCAACCUACUGGAGGGGAAAUGUUGCACGGAGUCAGCAAAGUCACUCUGCCAAUACGUGAACGCCAUCAAUAGUGCGCCAAGGAACAUUGGGAAAGACGGGAAGCUACAGCUGCUCGUGUGUCUCGGGGCCAGGGACCACUUGCUCCCACAAUGGAUCCCACUACUGGCAGAGUGCCCGGUGAUCUCGAGGAUGUACGAGGAUGGUGCCCUGCUCCGUGACCGCGCCUCCGUCAACUCACUCAUCCGUGUCCUCCAGACACUGCACGAGUUCAACAUUACACUAGAGACCUCGCUCGUCAAGGGCAUUGACGUGUAGCAUUGGUUUUUCAAAGGCAGAGACCCUUCCCCACCACCUCUGACGUGUUGAGCAAGGAAGGGUCUCCUGUCCAUGUUGCCAAGAGUAUGGAUCAUGUGACACUGUAUGGAGAUGGACAGCAAACCAACUGCCUAAAGGUCAUGCCAGCCAAUCCUGGCAGAAGAAAAUAGUAUUGAUAAUGUUAUAAAGAAGUCAAAUAGAUAAUGAAGAGUAUUUUUGCCUGUUGGAUGUGUGUAAAUAAAUUGUACCUUUACUGAAUAGUGAUUACACUGUCAGCUGUUCACCAGAACCUACUGGUUAAAAAGUAGCAUUGAUUUAGAAUACUCCAUGGAGAUUUUCCUUUUCACCCCUCCCUUCAUUUGUACCCCAUUUGUGUAAAUAUUCUGUUUCUUUUUUUGCGGGUAAACUUCAGAAAACCUCCGAGUCCUACUUGGGGCAGUGGAGUGUGGUAAAUGUGUGUGUCUUGCAGUUUCCUCCAAUUUUGUUUAGGAUGUGUCUCUCUCGUGUUCCCUGGUUCUGGAAGAAUUAGUUCGAUGCUCCUGGUGCCUCACUACAUUUUUCUCCUUUCUGAUUCCUCGAUCCUCUGCAGAAGUUUAAAAAAAAAUCUAAGAGCACUGGUUAAUUCACUACCGCUCAGUGCCCACUUCAGUACUGCAGGGGGUCUGGGUGACCAGUGGGGAAACAAAGCAUUGGAAGGGGAACUGAGGGAAUACAUGUGGUCUACUCAGUGCUGUCUGGAGCAGGGCUAGCUUCGCAUACUACUAAAACCCUCCAAAUUAUAAAGUUAUAUAUAUUUGAUCAUAUUUUCAUUAUUUAUUGGUUGAAAACUUAAUGCUGUUUUGAUUUAAUGGGUAAAUCUCCCCUUGUAGCCAGGAAGGGAAGUACGGUAUCCUCUCCAUAACCUCUUACAAAGAACAGGCCUUCCUCCCUGGCCCCUGGGGGGGGGGAGGAAGAAUCAGAAACCUUCCUUUCCCUCCAUGCCACUACCCCCCCCCGCCACCUCCUCCCCCCACUACCUCCUUUGGUUAAACGCCGAAUAACGCUCACUGCUCAGAUUAACUAGCUAAUAGCAGAGCAAUAAAUACUGAGGGUGGAAAGUGGGAACACAGCCUGCGGACAGAGGAGAAACAGUAUUCUUAUUUUAUUUUAAACAUCAGUAUUUGAGAAAUCAAUCAAGUGCUGGGCAUGUAAAAUAAAUCUGAAAAUGCUGGCGCUGCAGGGUCAUUGAGGAAAAGGAAGGCCAUUAACUUUGUUUUAAUUCCAAUAAAGGGCCUUGAACUCCAGUGUUAAUCUGUCUCAUGACUCCAGAGGCUGAGUAUUUCCAGCACAUUUCAAUCAUUGCAGGGAGCUGCCUUGAGGGAGAUAGCUGAACACUAUGGGCAAGGAAUCCCUCUGUUCUGAGGAAUUCUGAAGGGGAGCUUUCAGAGAUAAAGACCUCUUGUUUUUUCCCGUGAUUUUGAACACAAGGCUAUUAGGGAGUGCAGUUCCUUACUCCUACUGUCCUGAGAAUCUCCUGUAGGCUUCAAUCCCACGAUUCAGGGUUGAACAGAUGAGUCUGAACACUCUGUACUGUGUUGGGGACGAACUCGGUAACAGUGGAGUCCUAGCCAUUCAGGCUUGCUGUUUUGAAACAGAUUUUUUAAAACUUUUGUUCUGGACAAAGUUAAAAUCUGUAGGGAACCUGGACAACAGUGUCAGCACCAACAAGCAUACCCUGUUUUGUGAUUUCCCACCUUUCUAGGAAUAGGAGUAUAGAUCUAGCCUUUGAAAAUUCCUCUGUGAUUCCUUCUUACCAAGAUCAGAUCAACCAUCCACCCAACUGGUGCUCUCAAAUUCCAGAUGUGAACUGUAAGCAGUUUAUAAUGGACAUGCACAUUCUGUAGUCUGUCUAGGCCAUUUGUCAGUUGCCCUUAGAUCAUCCUAAAGUCUCCAUCAAUUAAAAAUUAACCUCCCUAGGUAUGCCUGUCAGUGAUUCCUGGAGGGAAAAAAUGAUAAUUGGGCAUGAAUUGAAAAAAAAAAGUCUAUUUUCUCAUCUUAUUUGAAGUUGUUCAGCAGGAAUAGCCUUGCUGGGCAAAUCUGGGAAUGGGUGAGGGGUGGAAACUCUAGGAAUGCUUCAGGUAGCUAGAAUGAUGAUUGAAUUUGCACCUCCCACACUAAGAGACCAAGCUUUGACACAAUUUAAGACACUUUAUCAGAAGAUAUGAAAACAAUAUAUUUUACAAUCAAUAUAUAAGAAAUGAUGUGGCAAAACCUUCUCGAAGAGGAAUCAGAACCAGCUGCAUUCUGGGCCAGCGUUAAGACCAUUCAACCCUGAGCACCGAGGUGUUUGGGAUUUGAUAUUCACUCUUAAGCCGAGCCUUCAUGGUUGGCUGAAAAUAAACUCUGCUUUCUCUCCAUUCUCAGCGGACUAAAGCAGAGAAACCAGUCAGGGUUCUUUCACUGGUGACACAGGAAAGUGUGCGGGUGUGUAUGGGGAUAAGCUUAACCUUGCCUGUGAUGGUAAUCAUGACCAGAUGGCCAAUGGCUUAUCAAGCUCCUGCGUUGAAAGCAUUCACCUGGCUGAGGCAGCUUUUCCUUACAGGAGGCAAUGUCCCGUGGGGCGAGGCACAAGUAUGAAUUGAGUAAGUGAGUGUGUGUGUGUGUGCGUGUUGGUCCCUGUGUGAACUAUAUGAGAAGCUAUCUGAAUAUGCCUUGACAACCAAGGACACUGGUUUGACCUCUGUAGUGUUGACUUUGCUUUGGCACCACUCAGGAGACGAGCAUUGAUUCCACCAGCUGUUGGAUGGGUUUUGAGACAGUAAAUCCCCUGAAAAGAUAUCUGUAAAUUGGCUAUUGCUCUGCUAUGUGAGGCAUGAAUAAAAGUUGGGCAUGAACAGAUGAUUGCUGCUCAGUUAUUAGAACCAUUAGAUGUGAUUCUUGUUUACAGGCUCAUUACAGUAUAGAAAGCGCUGCUUGCCUCAACUGGAUGGGAGUGGGGUUUUGCUCUCUGCCAGUUUCCUCACACCCAGCUUCUCCUCAUCCUACCAAUGUAUCUUCCUCCUCCGUUCCUCAGUCAUGAACUCAUCUAGUUUUUCUCAAAAGCAUACAGCUCAUGCUCAGAUAUUGCAUAUGGUCCCGACUCCUCCAUUUUGGGUAAAGUCUUUGUCCUGCAUUCUGUAGUGUUAUUUAUUUUUUAAAUUAUCUUUUUUGCAACCCUUACUUUCAGACUGCUUCACAAAUGCAAAAUGUAUCAAACCCCUUGACCAAAUCAUUCUUCACCUUUCUUCUAGAUUUGUUCAAUCUUUUGUGCUCAGUAAUACCUAUCUGAUCAGUGUGGGUUUUCUUUCCUUUCCCUCAGUUAAGGGCUGAUUUUUCCGAUCAUACACUAGGCAUGCAGACUGACACUGACUCUGCACGUGCCCCCAAAUGAAGCUUCUGGCUAACCACACUCGCACGCUACCUGGAUUUCUGUAAAAUAAUACAUUAUUAUUAUUUAAAAAUCUGAUAUAUGUUAUCAGUAGAAAAUGUGAAUUGCUGACUUUGUAUAUGUGUCCGAUAACUAAUCCAUUGGUAAUAAAAGAUUAA